GCUACUUUCAGUCACCCUGUGACAAUUUCAAGCCCUAGAAGUUGAGUUAAUCGUGAGGGAAACACUCGAGAUCAAAGAAGCCGAAUUUUCCUACCAUGUCGAACGCCACGAAGGACGCCCCCAAGGCUGAAAAGGAUACCAAAGUGUCCGCGAAGGACACGCCGGAUUUGGGUCUGUUGGAAGAGGACGACGAUUUCGAGGAAUUCCCCACAGAAGAUGAUGAUACGGUCGAAGACGAUUUUUCAGUUCAGCUGCGCAAAUACAGUCGCAAGCGGCCCCACAGUCAUAGCCCGCCCUUGCGCUCACCAGAACCUUUAGCCAAAAAAGUGUGUACCCGUGUGUCGCCCAUGCAAGAGGAUCCGCCGCCUCGUACUCCCCCAAGUUCGCGCCGGAGUAAUGGGCAUGCGUCGACUACCCCUCCCAACACCAACACGCCUACCUCAGCUGAACAGCAGCAGCCGGCUCAGCGGAAUGGCCGGUCAUCCUCGCGCAGCGGGAACGCGCGUAAUUCGCGCACCCGCUCUUCUUCCUCUUCCACCAAUGAAACACCUGACAGCCCUGCGCGUGCCACACGCUCCAGCGCACGACUCCGGUCAUCGCGCAAAUAAGGAGCACCAGGAGGAAGGAAGGGAAGGAAACAUGGGCAGGGCUUGGGUGCGGGGCCAGCCUACGGAGAGACGCACGCCCGAAGCGCUGACACGGAUCUCAAACCCGCCCAAGUCAGGACUGAAUUGGCCAAUCAAGGAGUCACUAUGGACCACUAAUCAUCCAAGAACAAAGCCGAUUGUCUCCGCACGGCCUCGGUUUUUCGUCCGCGUUUUCCCUACCCGAGUCCCUCGAUGAACUCUGUGAUCUGCCAAGUACGAACCCUGCAACUAUACAAACGCGAGUCUGAAAUGACCUCAACAAUCUUAAGAAAAUACAAAUGAACAUCCGAUUUCACCAAAAA